GGAACUCUCCCAAGAUGGCGGCGCAUUGCUCUCUCUCCCGAUGUGUGGUGGCUCCUGCCGGAAAGCAUUCAGCUUCCGUUAUCUUCCUGCAUGGAUCAGGUGAUUCGGGUCAAGGAAUUAAAUCAUGGAUAAGGGAAAUCUUAAAACAAGACUUGGCAUUCAAACACAUAAAAGUCAUCUUUCCAACUGCUCCAACUCGCCCAUAUACACCAAUGAACGGAGCCCUGUCCAGCGUUUGGUUUGACAGAUACAAAAUAUCCAUUCAGAGCCCGGAACAUCUCGAGUCUAUGGACUCAAUGUGUCAGGUUCUAACAAGCUUGAUUAACGAAGAAGUUAAUAUGGGUAUAACGAAGAACAGAAUUCUUUUAGGCGGGUUUUCAAUGGGAGGAGCCAUGGCGAUGCAUUUAGCCUAUAGGUACCAUAAGGAUGUUGCUGGAGUAUUUGCUCUUUCCAGUUUUCUCAAUAAUGGCUCCAUUCUGUAUAAGGCGCUUAAAGAAGCAAAAAGUUCCCUGCCAGAAUUAUUUCAGUGCCACGGAGUAGCCGACGAGCUGGUUUUACACAAGUGGGGCGAAGAGACCAAUAAUCUUCUAAAAUCCCUUGGUGUCAGCUCCUCGUUUCAUAGCUUUCCAAACCUCUACCAUGAACUCAAUCUGCCCGAGCUGGAACAGUUAAGAUCCUGGAUUUUACAGAAACUGCCGGAGGAACCCACGGGGGCACAAUAGAGCGUCAAUUGUGUAACGAAACAGAGCAAAAUAUUUUUCUUCUAGUGAUGUGUUUUUCCUCCACUCGCAUAGAAAAUAAAGAGCUCAUUUUGAAA